UUUUUCUCAUCGAUCGGAGGUAGCAGGCUAACUAGCUAUCCAUUCCGGAAGACGGCGGAGAUAUAGCUAAUAUUAGGUAUCCUAAUCUGUGGUGUGAAAAAUGGCGGCGGGGAGUGUUAACCCGUUUAAUCUCAGCGAUUCCGAGGAGGAGGCUGAGCGGAGGCCGAAUGGGGCCAACACCGAACGCAGCCCGAGUGAUGGUGCGCCGGGCCAGAGCAUCGGUCCACUUUCACCUCAAGCGGAUUCAGAGCCAGUGGCACUGCUGCUGCCCAGCAAUAUGACAAGUCCCAGCGUGGAAUGUGUUUCUGUUGCGGCUGCUGCUGCAUCAGCGAUGGGAGGCAGCGCAGAGGCACGGGUGUCUGUAGAUUUGAUAGCGGCUCAGCUGCUCCGGGACCAGUAUAUUCUUACGGCCCUUGAAUUCCACACCGAACUCCUCGAGGCCGGCAGGGAGCUCCCUCGAUUGCGGGAUUACUUCUCGAAUCCAGGCAAUUUUGAGAGGCAGAGUGGGACUCCACCCGCUAGCAAAGAGCAGGGACUCGGUCCAGGAGGACAGCUUAAUCGAGCUGGCAGCAUCAGCACACUGGACUCCCUGGACUUUGCCCGAUACUCGGAUGACGGGAACAGAGAAACGGACGAGAGAGUCGCAGUCCUGGAGUUUGAACUACGGAAAGCCAAGGAGACCAUUCAGGCUCUGCGCGCCAACUUGACUCAGGCAGCAGAGAGCGAAGUUCCCUCGCAAGAACGAAAGAACUUCAAAUCAAGCCCUGAAAUUCAGGAAACUAUCCGCCCUCUUGAAAAAAGAGCACUGAAUUUUUUAGUCAAUGAAUAUUUAUUGAAAAAUAAUUACAAGCUUUCGUCCAUAACAUUCUCGGAUGAAAAUGAUGAUCAGGAUUUUGAGGUAUGGGAUGAUGUGGGAUUGAACAUUCCGAAACCACCUGACCUCCUACAUCUGUAUCGGAGCUGUGGCACCAGCCUCCCCUCACCCAAGGAAACCGCAGACAUUGCCAUUGGGGUGGAGGUUGAGGAACUGAUUGGGAACUCUAUUACCCAGGGGGCCUUGCAGAACACUGAGCGUGUGCAGUCUAAAGUGGUCCAGGAGCUGGAAGAACAGAUAAGCCAUCUGAACAGUGAGAAGCAGAGUCUGGCUGAAUGGAUCAAGAGGCUGGAGAGCGACAUCCUGGCCCUGAAGAAGAACAUAGCCAUCCCUCCGGGCUUUCCAGCUGGGUCGUGUAAUCUCAAAGCAGAUCAAGUGCCUGCCAGCCCUCUGGAUAACGGACAGUACCUGGACAUCAGGGGGACCACAGGGUGCCAUGACGUCACAGACGCCCCAACGUUAAACUCUAACACAGACACUGCCCGGUCCACGGCCCCGCCCAACACUCCGCCCACACACCCCCACACUAAGUUAAAAGGGCCAGUACAGUUUGACCAGCCAAACAGAAAACUGUCUCCUGCAUUUCACCAAGCACUUUUAUCUUUCUGCCGAAUGUCUGCUGACAGCCGCCUUGGCUUCGAGGUGUCCCGAAUCGCGGACAGCGCCGAGAGCGUCAUGCUGAUGCUGGGCCGCUGCCUCCCCCACAUAGUGCCCAACGUGCUGCUGGCCAAACGAGAGGAGCUGAUCCCCCUCAUUCUCUGCACCGCCUGCCUUCACCCAGAACCCAAGGAGAGGGACCAGCUGCUCCACAUCCUCUUCAACCUCAUCAAGAGGCCUGACGACGAGCAGAGACAGAUGAUCUUGACGGGUUGCGUGGCCUUUGCACGACACGUUGGCCCCACGCGCGUGGAAGCGGAGCUCCUGCCACAAUGCUGGGAACAGAUCAACCACAAGUACCCUGAGAGACGGCUGCUUGUGGCAGAGUCAUGUGGAGCUCUGGCCCCCUACCUGCCUAAGGAGAUCCGCAGUUCACUGGUGCUCUCCAUGCUACAGCAGAUGUUAGCAGAGGACAAAGCCGACAUGGUGCGGGAGGCUGUGGUCAAGAGCCUGGGCAUCAUCAUGGGCUACAUCGAUGACCCAGAUAAGUACACACAGGGUUUCGAGCUGAUGCUGCUCUCUUUAGGGGACCCCUCGGAGCGAGUGAUCUGUGCCAUCCACCAGGUCUUCAUCCCGGCCUUCGCCGCCUGGAGCACGGAGCUGGGCAACCUGCAGUCCCAGCUCAUCCCCAACCUGCUGUCACGCAUCGAGAAGCUGCUCAAGGACGGCGAGCGCGGGCUGGAUGAACACAAGCUCCACAUGUUCCUGUCUGCUCUGCAGUCCCUCAUACCCCCCCUGUUCGCCGUGGUGCUGCAGAACGCCCCCUUCACGGGCCGGGCCAGGUUUCAGGGCGAAGCGCCGCCCAUCGAGGUGACCAGGUUCCCCCGGCCAGCGUCCCCCCUGCAGGACAUGGCCACCGUCAUCGGGAGCCGGGAACAGCUGGUGGGGCUGCUGCUGCUGUAUGACCACCAGCUGGAGCACGAGGGGACCACCGGCUGGGACAGCCUGCUCUGGGUGGUCAACCAGCUGCUACCCCAGCUCAUAGAAAUCGUGGGCCGGAUAAACGUGACCUCAUCAACCUGCGUCCAUGAGUUCUCCCGCUUCUUCUGGAGGUUAUGUCGAACGUUCGGGAAGAUUUUCACAAACACCAAGGUAAAGCCACAAUUUCAAGAAAUUCUCAGGCUUUCAGAGGAGAAUGUUGACACUACAGCAGGGAAUGGCAUUCUGACUAAGGCCACUGUACCAAUCUAUGCCACAGGGGUUCUCACCUGUUACAACCAGGAUGAGGACCGCAAGCUUCUAGUUGGGUUCCUGGAAGAUGUCAUGACCACCUUGUCUCUGUCACAUGCUCCCUUGGACAGUCUGAAAGCAUCCUUUGUGGAACUUGGUGCAAAUCCAGCAUAUCACGAGCUGCUUUUAACAGUGCUGUGGUACGGCGUUGUCCAUACUUCUGCUCUUGUCCGAUGUACCUCAGCUCGAAUGUUUGAGCUGAUUCUUCGAGGCAUGAGCGAAGCCUUAAUUGACAAGCGAGUAGCCCCGGCCCUUAUAACCUUGUGCAGUGGUCCCGAAUUUUCAGUAAGGAUAUCAACGAUACCAGCAUUCGGAACAAUUAUGGAGACCGUUACGCAAAAAGAGCUGCUGGAGAGGGUGAAAAUGCAGCUGGCCUCCUUCCUGGAAGACCCCCAGUAUCAAGACCAGCACUCCUUGCACAUGGAGAUUAUCAAGACGUUCGGAAGGGUGGGGCCCAAUGCUGAGCCCAGGUUCAGGGACGAGUUCGUCCUUCCUCAUUUGCACAAACUGGCCCUGGGAAACAAUAUGCAAAUGGCGGACACCAAAAGGCUUGACAUCGCCACCCAGCUCUUUGAGGCCUACAGCGCCCUGUCCUGCUGUUUUAUUUCUGAGGAGCUGAUGGUGAAUCACUUCCUUCCGGGUUUGAAGUGUUUAAGAACAGACAUGGAGCAUCUUUCGCCUGAGCACGAGGUUAUUUUGAGCUCCAUGAUUAAAGAAUGUGAGCAGAAGCUGGAAAACAAGAACAUCCAGGAGCCACAAGGCUCUGUGUCAAUUGCUGCAAGUCUUGUGGGUGAAGACGCCAAAACAAAGUUUCUAAACAAGAUGGGCCAGCUGACCACUUCUGGCGCCAUGUUAGCCAACGUGUUCCAGAGGAAGAAGUAAGCUGCAGGGUGUUUCCCAUGAUCCUCCGCUGUCUGGGACCUCCUACUUGAAGUCAAUCAUCCGCCUUUGUUUUAUAUGUCUGUUUUGUUAUUGUAUGUCUUAAUUCUUAUUUAUGGGUUCUUAUAACUUUAUUCCAACCUCCAAAGAAAUUUGCACUUCACUUUAGUAGUGUUGAUUUUGUUUAUUUUUGUUUUUUUUCCUGUCUUAUUUACAUUUUUUAACUUUGCUUUGUUUUUGUAAAUGCACUGUUGGUUUAGAAAGGACUUUAAUAUUCUCUACCUGUCUUGUUAUUGCUCUAUGUUGCAGUGUUUCUUACAUUUUUAUUUUUUUUUCUAUAAGUGGGUGUUAAUAUUUGGAUUUCUUUAUUUUUUUGGAGAUAUUCCAAAAGUAAAUAACUGUAUAAUACACUGAAUUAUUAGAAUGGUACCCAUAUUGUGUAAAUUUGGAAUUGGUGUCAUGAAAUAAUAAAAAUGAAGAACACUUGUGUACUUAAACAUA